GAGACGUAGCACAAUGCCAGCUCCGAAGGAGUCGCGAUCCGGAAUGCCGUCUCCAAACCAUCGGCUAUCAGAGUCAAGUCCAGAUAAUCAGCUACAACACUCGGAACGCGUGUAUGCACCACCCAUGAAACUGGCAAAUUCAAACGAUUCAACGUCGAGCAUUCCUAGGGCUGAUGAUGUGCCCACAACCUCAGUUGUGCAACCAAGAGUAUGGAAUCUCUACGUUAAAGAGGCGUCAAAGUGGCGUACCGACUUUAUCGAGAAGUGGAUCAAGGAAAUGGACUCUCUCCUAUUGUUUGCGACCCUUUUCUCGGCUGUCGUCACUGCCUUUGUCGUCCUGGUCUACCCUGCGCUCCACCCUGACUCUGGCGCCGCCUCUCUCGUCGUCCUCAACCAAAUACUGGACGCUCUUCGCCAGAACCAAACUGGACAACCUGGAAGUGACACUGCAGCAUCGAUACCUGGCGACACAUCAUUCGCGCCCAAAGCAUAUGCCAUUCGUGUCAACGCUUUCUGGUUCGCUAGCCUAGUCAUCAGCGUAUCCGUGGCCUUUCUCACAAUACUUGCCAAGCAAUGGCUCGCCAGUCUCGGCGGAGACUUGCACCCGUCUAUCGAGGCGCGCGGGCGACAAUUUCAGUACCGCUACGACAAUGCGCACGAGUGGAAGCUAGCCACUACGCUCGAGUGGCUUCCCAUACUCCUCCACAUAUCAUUACUCCUUUUCUUCAUCGGUCUCCUCGACUUUCUAUGGUCAACCAACACAGUCGUCGCAAUCGUGGCGACGGUGUUCGUCAGUGUUACGUUCGCCAUCUACAUCGGCACGUACAUGUUAUCCCACCUCUCAGCGACCUGUCCUUACAGGACGUCGGUGGACCCGACAACUGUCACAUGGGAGUUCAUCCGCCGAUUACCCUACACCUCGUGGAAGAUCGCAUACCCCGUAUUGUGGCUCUAUCGCACUCUUCGACAUCUAUCCGGCUAUUAUGGAAUGAAGAUCCCGUCCGCGUUCGCUGAGCGUAUCGCAACCCUCCACAACGAGCACAUAGCGCGCGCAGACACCGAGCUCGAAACUGAUAUUGUUUCCCGGGAGUCUAACUACAUAUCGGACCAUCGCGAGCUCGUGGACGCGCGCAUGCUGGCCCGAAUGGUCCAGUCAUUUCUACCAAACAUCACGACCGACGACGCUAGAAUGCUGGCCCACGAAAUCUCGCGAUAUCCGCUCCUCGUCCGGUAUAGGGACAUCUUCAUUGAGGCGGGCACAGUGCGCUUCUUGAGCCAGUGGCUACACUACAUCGAAGACUCCGAGUGCGGGCUUCCUAAGCUGAAGCGGCGAAUGCAAGACGAAUACUCGCUCAUUCUGCGCGCUCUUGCCCAACUUCUUACCGAGGUCGAGGACGGAAGUGCCACGACAGGGCUCGUGGCAGAAGGACCUUUCCGGAGAUACAAGAAACCUCAGGAGACUAUGUCUCUGAACGCCGACCUUGCCCUAAAAAGGCUUCGGUUAUCGCAGACGACCGUAAGUCUUCCGGCCAGCGAGGACCAAGUGAACAUUGUUCAGUUCUCCCACGUACUCCGGCUCCAACUCGUCGCAUCGUCCAUGACAUGGUACACAGGCAAAGUCAACUUGAGGGCCGUCGUAGAAGACUUCUGCGCUCGACUGGCAGUGUUUCGAGGGAUGAAAGACCUCGAACCCGAGUUCCGCAUGUCCAUCGUCAAUACUGCGAUUUACGUAGCAACUCGUGUCAUCGACCUUCCGCUGGACAAUACCUCUCGAGACGACGUGAUGAAGACUCGUGCGGACUACAAACGGAGGGCGGUCGAUAUGUUUGCAGAGCUGGUUCUGCGGAACCCCGGCAUGGAGUUCCCUCUCAUCCGCCAAAUCGCCUGGGUCCUGGCUGUUCUUUCCAUGCCGGAACACCGUUUGGUCCCGAAGCUUGACGACUUCCAUCUCCUGAUUACCCAGGCACAAGGCGAAGCUUCCUCCCUGACGCCCGAGCGCAUACUAUCUACUGCGAGGGACUUGGAACGCCCUUCUAUGCUUCACCUUACUCUGGUAUUGAUCGAAGAUCUCCUCUACGACAGGCAUUCCGAGUCUGGAUCUGUCAGCACGUCGAUGAGCGUACAAAACCAGCCCACGGCAGAAGAAACAUACCGAAUGCGUCUCCUGGAGCGUAUGAUAACGAAGUAUCCUACCUUCCUCCGGAAGCUUGCUUCUAUCAUGACCACUGCCAGGCGGCAGCACAACGACGAUUUCCAGCCGUACUUCGCGAACCUGCUUCCCGAAGACCUGCUCCGUCUACUGAAGCGCAUAGUUCGUAUAUCGGGAUGCAUAGUACACUACCCCUCACCUCGAGGACUCGACAUACCGGUGAAAACCAAGGAGUACAUUGCGAUCCAUACGCGCAAACUCCUUCUGUUCGUCUGUUCGUUCAAUCACAAAAGCGAGGGCCCCUGGGAACACAUCUAUGGCACUGCUUACGGUGCGGCGUGUCGAUUCGCCCUCCUAGACUGCGCACAAGACGCAACGAUGGUACCUCCGCCCGAUGCUUUCGUUUUCGAUAGCUAUUCGCCUCAGCAGAUCGGCGAGAUGAUGGACCUGGUUCUCAAAACCGCAUCAGCCGUCGUCGAGCCACCGGAGUCAAUCAGUACGGUCUUAACGAUGAUCGCGGACCUGAGGUUCAAGUCUCUUGCUGGAGUACCGAGAGCGGCCGACUCACCGGAGCUCCCCCAGUCGGCAAAGUAUGCUAUUGAGCUGCUGUCCUAUCUUCGAGAUCCAACCAACGACCCUGAGCGCAUCCAUCACCUCGCCUCUCUACGGGACAAGGGACUUCAUUCCGAAGCUCAGAGGGCUCUGGGAGCUCUGGCGGUAACAGACCUGGCCGAACCAGAGGAGUCGUCCAAUGGCGCAGCCGAUGAACCACUUGUCGACGCUGCGCACUAUUACGCACGUUGGGAGGCUGAGAGCGUCGGAAACGCAUACGUACUCGCACCAUCGUUUGUGCCAGGUGCUGCAGGGAAUGUCUGAUAUGGACCGUUGUCGAGUACCAGUGGUAGAGGUCGUACUGACGCACUGGCUUCCACUCCUCAGGUUCAUUGCGCUUGGUCACGAGUCAGUAUCAUCUCCUCAUUGAAGGUUGUUAUCCUCCCACCGGGCAACAGGAGUACGCUUGUCUACCGAUCAUACCUGUAUCUUAUUCAACUCGCAAACCCAGUCGAU